CAGACGACAUACAACAACAACGGUGCAUUGACAAAGGUUAAGCAAGAUGUUUAAUCCAAAAGGCAAAUAAAUCAAUUUGUAGCAGGUAAGUGAUCUUAUGCAUACAAACGCAGACAAAUGUGGAGAAUCGCAAUCUAAUUGGCGAUAUUAAUCCAAAUCAUCAUAGAUGGACCGUCAUAGACAAGCAUCUUAUGCAGGCCGUAACACUGUCCCUGUGUUUGAUUCUCAUGAUAGUUCAAGACAUGAAUUUUAUAGAGAUGUAGGUCAUAAGUUUUACGGCAAUUCAGAGAAUCUUUCACGUGGAAAUUCAGGAUAUUUGUCAUGUGACAGUUCUGAGCAUCAAUCUUCUGAAUAUUCAAGGUAUAAAGUAUCAGAUAAUGCAGAGUAUAAGUCUUACGGCAGUCCCCAUCAUAGACUUUCAAGCACUGUAGAUCGCAAGAUAACUGACAAUCGAAGUUUUGACACUUCAAAGCGUUUUAAGGAUUCAGAUCACAAUUCAAGAUACCAACCUUACAGAUAUUCACAGAAUAAAUCUUACGGCAACGAAAGGCAAGAGCCUGAUGCAUAUUCAGAGCUAAAGCCUUAUGGAAAUUCCAGAUAUCAAUUUCAUAGAGAUUCAGGUUUUAUGUCUUAUGACAAUUCAGAGCAUCAACCUUCUGAAUAUUCGAGGUAUGAACAUUUAUAUAAUGCUGAGUAUAAGUCUUUUGGCAUUCACAAUAAUCAACCUUCUAGCAGGUUAGAUCACAAGUUUUCUGACAAUCCAAAUCAUAGUAUUGACACUUUAAGGCAUUUUCAGGAUUCAGAUCGCAAAUCAUAUAAUGAUUCAAUGGACCAAUUUUUUGACAGUUCAAGGAAUGUGUUCAAUAACAAUCCUGUGAAUAAACAGGAUAUAUCUAGCUUUCGAACACAGCCAAACCCAUUAGAAACUCAAACAUCACUUUCAUUCUUGCCAAAAUCUGACCAAAUAGACGUUUCAAGUAUGAGAAGAGACACAUAUAACGACAAAAGGCAGAUAGACACUGGGUAUCAAGAAGAGAAAUAUAUAACUUCAAAAAUGCCAAGGUAUGAGUUUGAGUCCAGUAUUAGUCGAGAAUCUCCAAACAUUUGGCGUUCUAAGUCUGACCAAUCUUAUAGAGAUUUCAGAGAUCUUUUUGAUCUGCAAGACAGAGAUGAAGUACGAGUAAAAGAUCAGUUUGGAGAGAUCAGUAGACAUGAUGAAGAAGAACAACGGGGACAAUCUUCCGAACUAAAAAAGAAUCUACAAAACAUAACCCCAUCAGUUCCUAUUGAUGAUUACACAAAUACCAAGUUGCCAAGUGAGACUGACCCACAAGCACAAAGAUUUUUCCCUCAUGACUCAGAAAAUGAUUUACAGACAAAAAGUGACUCAAACAAUUCUGUGAAUCAACUUGAGUUAAAACAAACUGAGGAAGAUAAAUACAGACCAGAGCAGUUGGUACAGAUAUUUAACACUGAAGGUACGGUACCUACAGAAAACCUCACGCAUUUGUUAAGGGAACUGGUAAUUUGCUAUUUUGUCUCAGAAAAAGGUGUCCCUAUGGGUAAGAAAGACAGUUUUAAAAUUAUUAAUGAAUCUUUCAAGAGGUCGAACGUCUCCAAGCUGGAUUUUCAGUUUGGCACCUCCGAUCAAACAACAUUCUGUUUGGUGUUCUGGAAAGAUAAUCUGGUGCUCAAGGUAAAAGGCAAUAGAGAGAGUCUCCUGGACAAAACUCUGAAAUUGUUAAUUAACAGACUCCUCAUGUGCUGCUACUCCAUAAAGCCAAAUUUUAAUUUUUUCGGCCUGCACGGUUUGGACAUGAAAAUGUGCAAAAAGGAAAUUCCUGGAUUGUACAGAAUUGUCACAAGGAAAGACGCUCCAACAGCUAAAGACGCUGUCUCAUACAUUGACAAAUUUUUCAAAGUGGACACUGACUGUGAACUGGUAUUCUCACGCCUAGAGGAUUUCACAAUCAUAGACUUCGAAGCUAUAAAAGAGUACGUGACAUCCAAAGGACUCGACCAUAUCUGCGAUGACGUACACCACAUGACAGUGUUCAUGCGACGCACUCCUCAAUACUGGAGGGACAAGAUUUUAGCCAGUGGGAAGAUGUACAAUCAUAAGUACUUCAUCCACCCUCCAACUUCACAAUCGUCUGUGAAGGGUCUAAACCCACUGUUGCAACAACCAGUUUCGGCAGUGCCUCAACCGAAUGUCCUUGAAAAAUCUGGAGUUCAACAGAAUAAAACAGUCCCCGGCCCAACAGAAGAGGAAAAGAGAGACAAUGUUUGGAACGUAUAAAAGACAUACAUGAGAAGUAUACAGGCAGGAAGGCCAGAAAAAAAAAGACCAGGAGGCAACAAUAUAUGAGAUCCAUUUCUGAUGAGAAGGUGCGGAUGGGAAUACCUCUGAUUGAGAUCCACGAGCUUCGGUUUGUGGGAAAGAAGCGUAGAAAGAAAGCGCAGCGCAUGAAGGAAGAAUUGGCCAAGAUGUACGCAAGCCGAAGAAACUGAAAAAGGAACAACACUGGGUGGAGAAACUGUGGUUGGAGUCAUUUAUGGACAAACCAAAAACCAAAAUCUAGGGGGAAAUCAGAUUUCCUGUACAGGAUAUUCUGACACGGGUCAUUAGGCCUGGAAAAUAUCCAGUUUGCUUUCUCCAAGGAAGAAGACAAAAGAACCAAAGAUGUUGCUCCUGGUGGCUAAUAGAACAUUAAAACAAAUUAUGUUAAUGACCGUGCAGUUGGAUUUUUUUUCUUGUUUUAACAGUAAAUUGUUUUGUAUUAAUAUACUAAAACUGAAAUAUUUUGUACUUACACUAUAAAAUAUUAUGUCAUAGAGAGUGUAUACUUCUAAGGAAACUUUUAUUAAAUGUGAUCUCACUGUUAUUUUUA